AUGUCACCAAAGAAAUAUAGUUGUAACCCAUGUAACCACAGAAAAGAAGACCCCCUGAUGGGGCUAAUUUCUUGCCAUAUCUACCAUGUAAACACCCCUACUCCAGUACGAGGAGCCCAUGCAAAGCGUGAGAGGAAUAGGGUAUUGGCAGAGCUGCUUCAUGACAACACAGAGGUUGAAGAAAUACAGGAAGAGUCGCAAGACCAGGAUGAAUGUGUUGGGAUCCAAACAACGCCUGUUCCCUUUCCCACACCUGUUUCGGAGGAGAAAAGUGUGUCUAUGGCAUGUCAGACAGAAUCAACACGAAAACGUAGCGUAAAGAUUCAAGUUGCUGCAAGGAAUAAGGAAAAAGGAUUACAAGUUGACCUACAACCCAGAGUUCGAAGCAUUGGUAUUCAGGUUGAUGUACGAGAUGAUUUGCCUGCUCCACGUCCACCUCCAGCACCUGUUCCUGUUCCUGAUUCCUCUAGUGGUGAAGAGUCUAUCCAGACGGAGAAUGAGACUGCCUCAUUGUAUGAACCUUCUGGCACUAGUUCAGAUGAUUCUCAUGUACAGGAUACCAAGUAA